GGAAGUCUGCUCUGCACUCCCGGAAGUACAGACUGCUUGGAGUCUACAGGAGGAGCAGCCGGGAGCUGCCACGUCUGCGAGGAAGAGCGCACAGGCCGGGAGCGGACACCAUGGUUUCCGUCAUCAACACAGUGGACACGUCCCACGAGGAUAUGAUUCACGAUGCUCAGAUGGAUUACUACGGCACGCGUCUCGCCACCUGCUCCUCUGACAGAUCCGUUAAGAUCUUCGACGUGAAGAAUGGCGGCCAGAUACUGAUUGCUGAUCUGCGGGGACACGAGGGGCCGGUCUGGCAGGUAGCCUGGGCUCAUCCCAUGUUCGGCAACAUCCUGGCCUCCUGCUCCUAUGACAGGAAGGUCAUUAUAUGGAAAGAAGAAAACGGGACCUGGGACAAGACGUAUGAAUACACCGGCCACGACUCCUCAGUGAAUUCCGUGUGCUGGGCUCCUCACGACUUUGGCCUGAUGUUGGCCUGUGGCAGUUCCGAUGGCGCCAUUUCUCUCCUCACCUACACGGGGGACGGUCCCUGGGAUGUCAAAAAGAUCAGCAACGCACACACGAUUGGGUGUAACGCGGUCAGCUGGGCUCCUUCCGUCGUCCCGGGGAGUUUAGUGGAUCAGCCAUCUGGACAGAGGCCAAACUACAUCAAGAGAUUCGUCUCCGGUGGAUGCGACAACCUUGUGAAAAUCUGGAGGGAGGAGGACGGUCAGUGGAAAGAAGAUCAGAAGCUGGAGGCGCACAGUGACUGGGUGCGGGAUGUGGCCUGGGCACCGUCUAUCGGUCUCCCCACCAGCACCAUUGCCAGUUGUUCUCAGGACGGCAGAGUUUACAUAUGGACCUGUGACGACCCGACCAGUAACAGCUGGACCCCCAAACUGCUGCACAAAUUUAAUGACGUGGUGUGGCACGUGAGCUGGUCCAUCACCGCCAACAUCCUGGCCGUGUCUGGGGGCGACAACAAGGUGACCUUGUGGAAGGAGUCCGUGGACGGCCAGUGGGCGCUGAUCAGCGAUGUAAACAAGGGACAGGGGGUCGUGUCUGCGGUGACAGACGGACACCAGAACGAGCAGUGACCUCCCUGCACCCGGACCAUGAAUUCCCAGCUCCUGCUCGGUCAGGGCGAAUCUCAGAAGGACAGUGAUACUUAUUAACUCCUUCAUGGCCAAGUGGAACUGCAGACUCCGCCCUCUCUCCUCGAGAUCAGAUUUUUGGGGCAUUUCUUCAUUGCUGCGCAGUUUUCCCUUCUGUUUCCCACUCGAUAUUUGGUCAGAACGAGCUGUGACCUCGGUGUAUCCCAGCGAUCAUGACCCCCAUCCUCCCCAGAAAUGUUUCCUUUUAUAAAGUUUUAUCCAUUUUGCUCUUUAUUUGUAAAUUGUUAAAUCCUUGGAAUAAAAUAUUCAGUUAUUACUUUUUGUGCUAAAACUCA